GGGGCGUUAUGUCCAAGUGGCUGGUUUAAUAAGGGCAGCUCCUGCUACAAGAUUUCCGACCACAGAUUGAAUUGGGAAGCAGCAAAGAAUGCCUGUGAACUACUGGGAUCUACACUUGCUAUAAUUAGCUCUCAUUCUGAACAACAAGCACUUAGCCCUUUUAUAAACACUACUACCUGGAUUGGUUUGCACAGGCAACAAAGUAAUAAAACACUCUUUUUGUGGCUCGAUGGAUCACCACCUAUCUACACUAACUGGGGUAGAGGUGAACCCAAUGAUAUCGUUGAGGAAUGUGUAGAGAUGAGGUCAUUCGACACUGCAUGGAACGACCUGGCAUGUUCUCGUAGACAUCGUUACAUUUGCGAAAGAGGUACAACCUAAUAAGUUAACGAACAAACAUAGCUUAAUGUAUACGUUGUAUUUUAAUAAGAGGAUAUCGUUGAGAACAGAACUGCCUGUAUACUAAAAAUAUUGCCUUGUUUGUAAAAGCCAUUCCGCUUGUCAUAAAUGUUCUUGUUUUGUUGACUUAAAAUGAAGGCAGUACUUUCGUUUGGCGCCACAAAAAUCUUAAUUAUUUUUCUUUCAGAUGCCAACGAGUGUGCAACAAAGCCGUGCAAACAAGGAGCAACCUGUAUGAACAGUAUCGAGGGAUAUAACUGCAUAUGUCCAAAAGGAUUUCAAGGAAAAGUCUGUGAAAAGGGUAUGAUUUUAAUGUGGACGUUUAGCUGUUUUUGUUAUUAUUAUUAUUAUUAUUAUUAUUAUUAUUAUUAUUAGUACUCUGCGUAGCCGGUGGGAUUGUUAUGCGCCUGGUACUUUCUUGGCGGUGAAGCUUUGAAGGGUUUUCGCCCUUGUCGCGGCUCCGCGGCCAAAAAAACAACAGCCUUCGCCAUGCAGUAAUCCCGGCAGCUGCGCUGACAUGCUGACUAUUUUGUAUCAAAGCAAUUAAAAGUGAUUAAAGUGCUGAUUAGGAUCAUACCUUGCUUAUUGCUUAAAACUGUUCGUAAAGGCAGGCAGUCUGCAUAGAUUUGUUUACGUGGCUGUGGGUAUUCGUAAGGUCAUUGUUUUGAAACCCCGUCUAAGGCAUUGAAUGUGAUAUUCUGUAUCUUUCAGUUCCUCCAAAUAUAACAGUGAAUCCUCCAUGGGUAGUCGAUCUCGAAGCUGGACAAAAUGUCACUUUGACAUGCAAUGCUUCUGGUGAUCCCUUGCCAAAUAUCACAUGGACAAAAAUCGGUGUCGCCCACGAUCAAUUUAACUUCACUGGUCACAAGCUGCAUUUUUUUAAUGUAAAGAGGACGGAUGUUGGGUUAUACAGAUGCACUGCAAAUAAUGGAUUUGGAAGAGAGGCUACUCGUGUCAGCGUUGUCAACAUAAACUGUAAGGGUAGUUUCCAAUUGCGAUCGCCAAAAUCGAUAGUAGUAAAACUGAGCUAGCUCUAUCUAUCUGAUCUUUCUUAUGAAUACCUACCCCACUUGCGAGAAUAAAGCAAUGUCUUGCUUCUUCCCUUCACAAAAAUUCAACUCACCAUCGUGAUUUCCUUCCCUAGCCUAGAGUCAUUCUCUUGCGAAGCUGGGCGGGCGCGUUGCGCUGUGAUUUGCGUUAACUCCGACUCUCCUCAAAUGCUUGAUGGAACAGAAAAAUCCAAAAUCCCUUAGAAGUUUGCAAAACGCGCAGCGCUAUACAACGGAUUUGUCUAUAACGAUCUAGCGUUGUAAACAGCUGUUUUAGCGUUCCUAGCCGACCACUUCUAUCAUAGCGUAACCAGGCUUUUAAGGGUUCCUUAUGAUUUACUAGUUGUGGGACAUGGUUCGAUUUCAGCUUAUCUGACCUCUUUCGCAUUUAGGACCCUUUAUAGGAUUACAAUCCUAGGGAACCAGAUUGCUAUGCAAGUUUACGUAGAUUUUCAAUUCCGGCAUUCGUGUUUAAUUUCGUUGGUUUUUCGACCUCCGAGUGAGCAAGAAUCUAGCUGUCAUAUUAUAAGGAACACUUCUCAAAUGUUGUCGCUUUUAAGAUAUUGUUAAGUUACAGUUUGACGAUAAAAUGGCUAGUAUUGGUGCCUUACCGUAUAUAACCCUCAGAUAGUCAACGGUCUCUCCAGUGAUUUCUUAAGAGAAAAGAAAGAACAUGACCUUGUUCUCAGACCUUGCCUUUGAAUCAAACAAAAGCCAGCUACUUACAUUAGAAGGUUUUACAUGUUUUGUGUUUUUAUAUGAAUUUUCCUACACUCAUUUCCUCUUUUUUCUUCUUUUUCUUCUUUUUCUUCUUCUUCUUCUUCUUCUUCUUCUUCUUCUUCUUCUUCUUCUUCUCCUUCCUCCUUUCUUUUGGUGAAAACAGGUAGUCACUGUAUAUUGCAAAAGGUCAGCAUAACAAUAACAAGUGAAGUAUGGAAUGAUACAUUGCUGGACAGGGAGUCGUUUGACUAUAAAACGCUGGAAGCUAGUGUAUUGACGGCGGUAAGUUGCUUGAAUAUGAAAGCUAUCAUAAUUACAGAAGUUAGAAGUUUCUGUAGGACAUAUUCUGGAACCAAUUGGCGAAUGUACAGAGAAAGAUAAAAAUAAGAAACAGGGAGACUUCCUAACCCGAUAACACCAGCCAUUUUUGGGUAACGGUUGUUAAAAUAAAAAAAAAAAAACUUGCGGCACAUCUUUGAACUCGCUGAAAUUUUGCUUCGAGGUAUUGCGAUAGUGGAUACAAUACAAAGUCGUUAAAAUUAAGCUUCGAAAGUUUCAAUGCCUCAAUUAAUUGCUUCCUUAAACGCUUCGGGCACCAUGUUUCUGAUCUUCUUGAUUGUUGAUAGAGCUGCAAAGCACGAUGAUACGGUCUUAGUCUCGCGAUCAGUCCACUAAUGUGUGAGGUGACUCUAUCUAACACUUUUCCAUCUGCACUUAUCUGGGACAAUUGAUCUUCUUAUUUUGCACUCUUGACAUUUUUUCUGUGCAUAUCAUAAUUUUUUGGUCUAUUUUGCAUUAAACAGUAAGUUGGAAUUGCUUGACCAGAGAUCGAGGGUUUGCAUGGCGCUAGCGGUAGCGUCCAUAUCUGAAGGGGAACAGUGCUUCAUGAAAGUCGUGUCGUCUGCAUAUUGAUAUGAAAUGCCGUGCAGUCAUGGUUAUCGUUAAGAUCAUUUGCGUAUAAAGUAGAUAAGGCUAGCCCAGUAUCGAACCCUGUGCUACCCUGAAUUGCAUGUCAUUCAGCUCGGAUGUUUGAUCAUUCACUUGUGCAAACUAUCGUUUUUCACGCAUGUAACCCAUUUGUGCAUUUUUUCAAGAAUCCUGGUGUGAUCGAUCGACCGUAUCGAACGCCUUUGAUAAAUCUGGAAAUACAGCCAUAGUGAUUUCAUUUCAUUUCAUAGCGUGGAUGAUGUCAUCUCUGAAGCACAAUAAUAACGUUGUUCUCGAAUGACCUUUUCUGUAGCCAGAGAUCUUCUCAUUAAGUAUGCUGUGUCUGUCGAUGUGUAGGCGUUCACACACUUUGGAGAGCACGGGUAGGAUAGCAAUUGGUCUAUGAUCAUUAUAUCCCCUUGGACUUUUAACUUUAGAUACCUGGCAUAUCUGGAAGUUUUCAGUGCCUUUGGAAAGGUGUUUUCCUCAAUGCACCUAUUUAUUCUGUCGGUCAAUGGUGAGGUGAUGUACGUGUGUUCUGAAACAAGCUUGAUAGGAUUAGCAGGGAUUAGAUCAGGCCGGGUUGCAAUCUUUUUUUUUUAUCUUUUUUUAUAAUUUGCUGCUCGAUCUAUUUAAAGGCGACUUUACGAAGUACGAAGGAGUCACUUUCUUUAGAUCCCAAUAUUCUUUGAGUUGUGCUGGUAAGAUGUCUGGUCAACUCAUCAGCGUUUGGGCACGAAUGUGUUUUGAAUUGGAGUUGAGGAUUCGGUGAAUCUUGCGCUGUAGUAUUUUGGUGAUUUCGAUGACAGUGCCUUCUGGUAAUUGAUCUCUUCGCCUGCUCGACUUAAAUUCCUUACGUCUCUGAACUUUUUUCGUAUAUCCUCCGAUUUGAUGUGGUGAGCAUGACAACGAAGCUGUUUCCUCUGUGCCGGAAACUGGUGGAUGUCAUCUGAUUUCAAGAAUGGUACGGGAGGGCGUGUAAUUCUGACCUUCUUUAACGGGACGAUUUGUCUAGACUAGUCGGGAACAAUGAGUUAAAGCGAGAGGCAUUUAGUUUAUAAGAUUCACCCAAUGAGAAGUAUUCGAAUAAAAUCAAGAAUACAAAGCCACUGAGAAGAACAAAAUCGAUUACAAAAUAAAAUAGGAAUCAUGAAUCAUUGAGGUCGAAAAGCUAGCCCAGUUUGAGGAUUUGGGGAGACCUAUUCUUACUUUUAAUGAGUAAUUUCAGAUUUUGUCUACUAUCGACUAAGUCAUAGUACUGUUGGACUACAUUUGAUUUGUUAUUUGAUUUAAUAACACCUGCUUUUUAUUCAGUUCCAUUACAUUCAUAUUUUUUUCCUCUUUUAGAUGUUUAAGGUUUACAGCACCUGUUCGCAAAAACGGCUCUACCGAAUAGCAGUUGAAAAAUUCAGGUAUCUAUUAAUUAAAGGGAAAAAAUACUCAAUCCUUUUCUUAAACGGGCUAAUUGUGACGAGGGUAUUGCCGUUUUAGGUCAAUUUGGUGCUACGAUUAUCACUUCAGCAAUACAAAAAAUGCUCUUGUAGAGAUAUGAAGGAGAUAUCAAGCAGAUCUUGUCAGAGAGCACUAACCAUAUAUAAGCCGUUUUGGUGAUUUUUGCAGCCAUAGCAUAAAAAUUGCGGUAGAAACAAACGACAGGAGAGAGAUUCAGUGCCUAAGUAAUUAUAGUCUUAAAUAACAAAACCGAACCAUUUUGUUUAGAAUUCAGUUGGUAAGAUAGAAUUCAGCUGAUCAAAAUAAUGAGACUCUGGCAGCUCGGUAAAUAAAGUGUUCCGCACAGGCCGAAAAAUCAUAACCUUUUGUUAUUACCACUGAUGCAACAUUAGAACAACAGACUUUCNUCAGGUAUCUAUUAAUUAAAGGGAAAAAAUACUCAAUCCUUUUCUUAAACGGGCUAAUUGUGACGAGGGUAUUGCCGUUUUAGGUCAAUUUGGUGCUACGAUUAUCACUUCAGCAAUACAAAAAAUGCUCUGGUAGAGAUAUGAAGGAGAUAUCAAGCAGAUCUCGUCAGAGAGCACUAACCAUAUAUAAGCCGUUUUGGUGAUUUUUGCAGCCAUAGCAUAAAAAUUGCGGUAGAAACAAACGACAGGUGAGAGAUUCAGUGCCUAAGUAAUUAUAGUCUUAAAUAACAAAACCGAACCAUUUUGUUUAGAAUUCAGUUGGUAAGAUAGAAUUCAGCUGAUCAAAAUAAUGAGACUCUGGCAGCUCGGUAAAUAAAGUGUUCCGCACAGGCCGAAAAAUCAUAACCUUUUGUUAUUACCACUGAUGCAACAUUAGAACAACAGACUUUCGCUCACUUAUUGUCUUUAAUUAGUAACACCAUUUUCAUUUUGUUCCUAGCCCUGGUAGUGUUGUGGCAACGCUGGUCAUGUUUUUCGGUAGUUCAGUCUCUGAGCCUCUGAAACCUUUGCAGGAUGAAAUUGCUGACUCCAAACUUGGCCAAUUCGCCGUUGGUCGUCAUGUGUAUAUUUACCAGCCGAUCCUUCCUCCAACGACUCCCCCAUCAACAGGUGCAGACAUUUUAUUUUUAAAAAAGAUUUGCUUACACGUAUGUACGUAGAAAUAAGCCUACAAAUGGUCGUUUCCGUUGGAACGAGGUGAGAUAAAAGAAAAGAGUAAAAAAAUCCCACAUUUGCCCUGGCCACACCUAGCCUUUUGAAAUCAGUAGCUUUGUUGAUGUGCUCUAUCACCGUAAUUUUUGCGGAAGAAAGAAUCGAACAAGCUCUCAUACACACAUAGGUAUAUAUUUUUUCAAUGUUGUCUGGCGUACCACAUCAGAGAACUGCCGGCAUAAAAAUAUGAGAAACUCGUGAAUAGACCUUUCCGCAUUACGCGGGAGUGAGUAAACAUAAGGAAAUGAGGACGGGGCUCGGGUGGAAAAUUUCAUAUAAAUCACUGUAUUUUGUCCACCCGAGCCUCGAGUUAGUUCCUUUGUUUACAGGAAUACGGGAAAGGCUAUUGACACCAAGUAUUUUUUCAAUUGUUUUAUGCAGUACCGCAACUGGAUUCAUCGGACACACCAGCGAACGCAAACGAAGGUAAGUGAUAUUAGUCCUUCACUUUUUCUUAGACUGUUGUCUUCUCUUAUCCUGAAAAACUGGGGUUGUGUUUCAUAUGCCAAAAUCUGAAAUAAUCGUAAGUAACAAAGGGUAGACAACAAUAGACGUCCGUGUAUGACCAUGGAUAAAAAACGGAACAUGAAUUGUGGAUUGAAAUCAAUGGAUUUCGGUAUAGGGCGUUUUUACUCACCUGGCUAACAUCUUUGCAUAUUUAUUGGAAUGAAAGAAACCGUUUCAAUAAUGAAAGAAGUCAACUCCCAGAGGACUGGUUUGGGACACCAACAUAACAUUAUCAUUCAUAUUAAUUUGCAUAGUCACAUUAAUCCUUUAACUGACUUUUGCGACCAGUUUUGUCUCACCGACACAAUAGAAGAACCGACAAGAGUGGCAAACAUGAAUAAAUCGCUAAUUGAUGUUAUCCUUUUGUCAACCGACCAGAACGUUCGGCUACUAGUGAUCAUGACCUUAAUAUUUACAAUGUGAUGAAACAAAGAUUACCGAAGUCUAAAGUCAAAGUAAUUAAGUCUAGAAGUAAGAAACACUUUAAUCAGAAUGAAUUCCUGGCUGAUGUAGAGACAACACCUUGGGACACGGCUUUUAUCUUUGACGGCAUUGAUGAUGUCUGGGCCUACAGGUAUAAACUAUUUAAUGAAACUGUAGAGAAACACGCACCUUUUAUGAAAAAGAGAAUCCGGUCAAAUCAGCUCCCCUGGAUCAAUGUAGGGAUAAAGAAAGCAAUGCGAUUGAGAAACAAGUUGUACAAAAUAAUUUCAUUGCCACCCUACUAAAGACUUAUGGGAACACUAUAGUAUACAAAGGAACUUAGUUACUAAACUGAAGCGCGUCGUAAUCAAACCUUUUUGCUCUGACUCUGCAUCUACUGCAACUACACCUAACGGUUUCUGGAAAAGACUGUAGCCCCUGCUACCCUCUGCAGGGAGAGACGUCUUGCAGGAGGAUAUUUACUUAAUGGAUGAUCGGAAAGUCGUUAAAGAAGUGUCAGAUUUAUUGAACACUUUCUCCUCUACUCCAAUCCUGGAUCAGUCGGCCCUGAAGCUUAAGCAGGGAGAUGUUUUGACCCACCCUUGCGUCACCAUUACAUCACGUGACUUCAAGCUGGACUUUUCCUUCCAACCAGUACGUGUCUCAUAUAUCGAAACUCUUCUGGGGAAAUCAAGUGCAACAAAUCUUGUGGAACUGACAAAAUAAUGCCCAAGAUUCUUAAAUUAUCAGCGCUAUCUAUAGCAGUUCACCUGACAAAGCUACUGACUUAGUCUAUGCAUUACUACUUCUACGUGGCUUGCGGAGUGGAAGCUUAACCAUGUGACGCCCGUAAUAAAAAAAAAAAGAUGAUGCCACAUCGGUAUCAAACUAAAGACCUAUCGGUGUCCUGUCUAUCAUACCCAAGAUCUUAGGCUUGACCAGCUUUUCGACGCUUUUCAACCCUUCCAACAUGUUUUGGAUUUCUUCGAAGAAAUUCAUGCUGCACAGCUCUGGUCAAAGUGGUCGAUGACUGGUCUCAGUGGCUCUAGAUUCCAAAAAGGUUACUGGCUCCAUUGCAAUUGACUUAUCCAAAGCUUUUGAUUCCAUAUGUCAAAAUUUUCUUGCAGAGUUACGUGCUUAUGGCGUUGGUGAGGGGGCAAUUGACUUUUUUGCAUUUAAACUUGUCUGGUCGAAAGCAAAGAGUUAAGUUAACGGAGGUUUCUCAGAUUGGUUACCGGUGUACUGUGCAGUGUGUCUCAAGGCAGCCUCCUGGGGCCCCUUCUGAUUAAUGUAUUUAUCAACGAUAUUUUUCUGCUCAACUUUCUUCCCUGCGGCUCUACGCCGAUGACACUACCCCCUAUGCAUCCAAUACCAACAUUUCAGCUUUGGAACUGUCUCUUAAGAAAGAUCUUGAGAAUCUUUCUUCCUGGUUUACCUCAAAUUACUUGUCCGUCAAUGGAAAGAAAACCCAAGUGAUGAUCUUGGGUAAGCACUCUGGAUAUGGCUUCCUGAAUAUUCUUGGAGUUCAUAUCAACCAUAAGUUGUCCUUUUUAGACCACCUGUCAACCUGUUAAAGAAGGUCUACUCCAAGGUUGGAGCUCUGAGACGAAUUAGAAAGCUGGUGCCUGCUGACAUCUAACUUAUGCUGUACAAGGCGGAAUGUAUACUUCCACACUUUGAAUAUUGUAGUCCAUUACUAUUAGGGAUUAACAAAACGCUGGACCAGAAACUUCAAUCUGUAAACUAUUAUGUUAAACAGCUUAGAUUGUGAUUCCAUACUUUCUGCUGUAAACAUGCAAUCACUGGAACAUAGACGGUACUUAAUCAAUCUUUUAAGCCUGGUUUCCAUAUGAUUGCUUCGAUCGCUGUGAUCGCUGCGAUCUCUGAGACAAAAAGAGUUCAGCGAUCGCAGCGACAGGACCGAUCAUAUGGAAACCACAUUCCAGCGAUCUUAGCGAUCGCAGCGACAACGAUCACUGAGAUAGAAAGAAAUUAUCUCAGCGAUCGUGUUCCAUAUCAUAACUAUGAUCGCUGCCAUCGCUGAACUUUUUUUUCCCUCAGGGAUCGCAGCGAUCGUAUAGAAACCGGGCUUUAUCCUCCUUUUUAAAUGUCUAAAGGAAACGGGCCUGACUGUAUUUCUAAUGUAUUCGAACCUCGUCUAUUGCGUUACAAUUUAAGGAACGGUGAACACAAUCUCUCGCAACAAUCCUAUAAUAAUCGAUUUUAUCUCACUUACAAGGCUUCGCAUUUGUGGAAUCAGCUUCCUUCUUACAUUAAGAAAUGGGCUGAGUUGAGUGAAUUUCAUAAGAAUUUGAGACCUUUUAACAUUAUAAACUUAAGGGACAGUUGUAAAUGUAAUUUUUGUAAGUUCUGUUUUUACGAUAUCUUAGAAUUAUUUUUAACUUUUUUUUUUCUUGGGGUAUUUAACUCAUUCUCAGGGUUUUUAUAUAAUUAGUUUCUAAUUAAUUCAGUGAGAUACGGGAGGGUGUUACUUUGAGUAUUUCUAACAUAACAUUCUCGGAUAUAUUAAUUUUUAUUCGUUUUUAUACAUUUAUGAUCUUUUUAGACUACUUUUACUGAAAUGGUUUACUAUCAUUAACUAUUUUUAUCUCCGUCAUACAUCUACGUUUCAUUCAUGAGCGUCCAGCUCGGAUGAUCGGGGCAACCCCAUCCCACGUAUUGACAGAAAUAAAUUGAUUGAUUGAUUUAUUGGUCGCCAUUUCAAUGUUUUGUAACACCAAUAUGGCCGCCGUGACGUCAUGUGAAAACGCUUUAUAAGAAAGUCUACCCAAAAAAUGGAAACAAACAAAGUUCAUUUCAAAUUUGUUUCGCAGAUAAAAGACGACGAAAACGCACAUCAUAAUUAUGCAAUAUCAAAGCCUCUGCGUAGUACUGAUAUUAUUUCAAUUGCGCAGCCAUUGUCUGACGACAUUAAGGUUUUUUUUUCCUAUUCAGAUGUUGAAUGGAAGAAACGAAGUUUACUUUUACAUGGAAUUUACUUAAGUGUCAUUUCUUUGCUUGUGGCACUUAAUAUAUUACUGGUCGUUCGGAGAUGGAGAAAACCGGUACCCAAUGUUAAAGGUAACUGACACAAUUUCUUUUCAGCAAAAUAGUGAGUCAUCUACAACGGAUUUUUAUAAUUAUUCGUUGAAGAUUUUCUAGGCGGGUGAAUUAAAUGCAAGUAUAUAAUUACUAUCUUUCUGAAAGACCCUUUUUUCUGUCUCUAUAUUUCAAUUUGCAAUUAAUACACAAGUCAAGUUCGUUGCACUGUCAUCAACGUACAGACAAUUUACAACACAUUACGGAUUUUUUUUUUUUAACAGGUCUUGCUAAAGUAACAAGGUAGGUAAUAACUUGAAGUGCAUAUUUUUACAAGUAUUAUCAUUGCAAACGUUAACAUACUUCGUUUACGAUCGUCUAUAAAAUGUAUCUUAUCUGGCAACAUGAGUAAUUGAAAUUGAAGGAAUGAUCCUGUCAUUUAACACAGAUGAUGUUUUUCUUUACUUUUAGGCUUCCCAAAACAAACAUUUUUGACACGUUUUCUUCUUGCACGUAGCUUCAUUUUUUUCCCAUAAAAUAUCAAAAUAUUUGAUUUGUGUUUCUUUUUAGUUUCAGCAGGCGAGAAGAAACCUAUCAGGACUUGGAGGUACACUUAUAAGCCAUGGAAACUGUCUUUUAAAAACAUGUCACGCAAAGAAACAAAAUAUAUUCGAGAUUACGAGAUACAAAAAGAUUUGAAAAAUCUGAUUUUGCGAUGUAAAUGAGUUAAAUUUUUUUUUUCAAAACUACACAAGAUUUGUCAGCAAUCAAACCUUUGUCUACAUUCGUCUUUUUAUUUUUUCUGAGUUUUCUUCGGUGAAGAUCAGUCAUACAGUAUAACCAUUCUUAACGCCUUCAAUAGCCAUUUGCAUGAUGGCGUCAUUUUACUACUACGACCAGAAUCCUUCGGGUUUAUGCUUUCUUGCGCAAAUUGGCGCCUUUGCUAUUUAAACCUUGCUGGGAUUACCAAAUUAGUAGAAUUACGCUAUCGUGCAAAUGACCUAUUCAGCCGAGUGGGCAUGCAAUAUUAAUUCUAUAUGUAGUAAUUGAUAUAAGUUAGGGAAUGACUUUAUAAUUAUUUGUUACAGAACUCUUAUUAACCCCCCCGACGUACAUGCAAAUUUAUACCCCUACCGUGGUACAAGAGGGGUGGAUGGAACCCCUCCCCGGAGUUUUUGAUAUGUAGCAGUACUUCGAAACGAUUUUACCUUCAGCGGAAAGCCUUUGAUCUUCUCUACGCGAUGAGGUAUAUUUUAUGGGUUGUGGCGUUACCGGGGGCCUGUGACGUCACCAAUAAUGGUCGCUUUCUUGGCCGCCAUCUUGGAUUUUACCAAGAAUUCGAAAUCAGGUUAAAACCGUGAGAAAUGGUGAUUUUUUUGUGCUUGAGAUAAAAAAUAACACAAAUUAGCACUAAGCAUGAUUUUAGCCACAAGAUUUACUGUUAUUGUUGACAAAAGUUAAAAAAGACGUACUUUCACUCAAAAAUGACUUGACCACCUCCUACUUAUGACGUUAUAUCUCGUAACCAUAGAAACUGACCAACACUGAAAUUAACUCAAAAACCUUUGGGGGGGGGGGAGUGGCAUCCACCCUCCCCCCUUGUACGCCCGAGGCUUAAAGAGAACAGAAGUAAUUGAUUAUAGCCUUAGAUAAAAGCAGAUGAAGAAAGAGGACAAAUAAUGCUUUUAAUUAUUUCGUAACAGAGUCAAGGAACGCCACUCGCAGAGGAUAUUACUUAUAUUAAUACACAAGCUGGGGUGGAGUUACAUACACAGUUACCUUCGUCGCAUUCUGAGCAGCAGUUGUAUGAUGCCUGCAGCUACACACCACCAAAUCCAGAAAGAAAUAGUUGGGAAGUGAGACGAAGAGACGUCACCAUAGUUAAAGUCAUUGGGAAGGGAGCAUUCUGUCAGGUUGCAAAAGCGGAGGCGUGGAAUUUAAAUGGAUCGAAGGGUGUCACUGCCGUAGCUGCAAAAAUGCUCAAAGGUGAAUAGUUUACGGGUAUAACUCCUCUUUCUUUUCAAAGAACGAAAAAAUGGAUUUGCACCAAAUUUUUUCAACGCAAAUACGAUGCUAAUUUGUGCAAACUGAGGAAUAAAUCUGAACAAAGGUGGUUAAUGCUAGAUUUGCAUACAUGUACCUAUUUACACCUAUUUACCUCAGUUUGCACAAAUUAGCAUCGUAUAUUUGCGCUGAGCAAAUUUGGUGUAAAUCCAUUUUUUCGUCCAGUUUAAGAAGAGUUUGUCUUCGCAGAGCUACAUGAGAGUCGUUUUCUGUUUUUCUCUAGGAAAAGCACCAGAUUCAGACAGAAAAGAUCUAAUGUCAGAACUGGAAUUGAUGAAAAAACUUAAACCUCACCCUCACGUAAUCAAACUUAUGGGAUGCGUCACUGAGACAGGUAAUAUCCAUUCAAAAAGUAACAAGUGAAUUUUAACAAGUGAACAUACGCCAAGAUCAGCUUAUUACAUGUAACUAAACCAUCCUUGCAGAUCCCUUACUUGUGCUAAUUGAAUACAUUCCAUACGGUGAUUUGUUGGGGUUUUUGAGGAAGAGUCGGGGCCUCAAGGACAAUUACUAUAAGAACCCGGAUAUUAAACCAAAGACAACUCUGACGUCGCAGCAAUUGAUUCAGUUUGCUUGGCAGAUCGCUGAUGGUAUGGAAUUCCUUUCUUCUAACAAGGUAAGGGCAAAGAGUGAAAGAUUUAUAGUGAUUUUGUAUAGCAUCACUUAUAGACAUUCACCAUUGAGUCGGAAUUGCCCUUGGCUAGUAGUUAUAUUCCCAUCUCCCAAGAAGAGUUUUUCUUUCUUUCUGCUUGUUUUCCUCCGUUUUCUUCUUCUUUCACAUUAUUUACUUUGGUAUGUAUCGUUUCGUAUGCAAGGUCAUCCAUCGUGACUUGGCAGCAAGAAAUGUUUUGGUUGGUGAAGGAGAGAAGUGUAAGGUGACAGAUUUUGGGAUGGCGAGGGAUGUAUAUGGAGAUGACAUUUACAAAAAGAAAAGUCGGGUGAGUAAUAAAAACCCACUUCUUUAUCUUAUUUGUUGUGUGUUUUUUAAUAGCCAAGUACAUUGUGGAAGAAAAUUUUCGAUAAAUCCAAAAAUAGUUUGUAACUUAUACUUCAAAAAGAACUAUAAAAGGCUUUGGUUGAACCAUUUUAAUUUGUUAUUUUGGUAUACAAAAAUAGUUUAGAUAAUUUUAGAAUUUAGUCUGUCUCAAACGAAACUGAAAAUUGGAAAGUAAAGGGUAGUGUAAAAAAUAAUACACAAUGUUCUAAUGAAUAAUAGUUUGUGAAUAAGGAAAUGACAUUAACGUUAAUAAAAAUAAAGUUAUAUUGAAAAAAUAUAAAUCGCAAGUUCUCUAUAAUUUAUUUACCUUUAGACAAACAGUUACCCUGUGGGCAGUGAUCCCUCCUUGCCAAAUGCUGCAAGAGAGAAAAGCGAGCGAUCAUUUGGUUCUUUGAUCGAGCCGCCGUCCAGCCGCAUGGACGAAUAAAUUAACUUUGUCAAGUUCAUGCAACUCUGCAAGCUUCGAUUUACUCUACCGGUUUCGUUCGAUCCUCUAUAAUUUGUCACUGAGAAGGAAUAUUUAACAACAAACUUGCCAACUUGAAACGGCGAUUUUUUUUCCUGCACGUGCCUGACAAGUAUGCCGAGCAGGCAUAAACAGCUACGGAGACGAUUUCGUCCAACAAAUUUUGAUGACUUUUAUCGCUACGUAUUACUAUUAACAGGAAAUCGUUCUGUCUGCUUCCAGUUUUGAGUGCUCACCUGCACGAGCCAGACAGGUACGGCGAACAGCUGAGUUUGCUGGUAAACUACCUUGUAUAACAAAGUCACGAAAGCAGCGCUAUGGAUGCUGGCCUCCGAUUGGGCACAAAAAAUACUUUUUGUGCCCAGUCAGAGACAAGCAUUCGAAUGAGUCGUGGAACUGGUUUGUUAAGAGUAGCAUCCCAGGGUUUCUCUCAGCCGCUCUUGAAAACUUUGGCCACCGUUUAUCCCGACCCGACUGACCGCCACUGCUUGCAGAGUUACCAACAGCUAGGAACAAAUAAAAGACAGAACUAAACGAAAAAUAAACAAAACAAAACAAAACAAAAACAAAUAAACAAUAUUCGUAACUACGAAUUGGCAAACAAAACACUAUGGUCAAUUACACAAACAGUUAGGCACACUCGGGAGAAUGUUGAAAUUAUCCAUGUAAAUGAACUCUUUAGGGUCGUCUUCCAGUUAAGUGGACUGCUUACGAGGCAUUACUUUAUGGGACAUAUACUACGCAAAGUGACGUGUAAGUAUUAAAAUUUAUGGUGCGAUAAGUUUUUACACCUCUAAUUAUUAACGAUAGCAUUGUUAGUGACGGCCACGAAUAACGUUGUAAUUCGCCUUGUCAUUUGGUAGGCGAUUCUAAUAAUCUUUAAUCUCAAAUAUUGUAUAAUACAUUUCCUUAGCAAUGAUUUAGUCUCAACGGCGCUGAUGGUCAACGAUCUUUAAUAAUAAUAUGCAAAAGAUAAAGUACUACAGAUGUUUAUUUAAAAAAGUCCUAACAAAAAAUAAGUACUUUGGAAGUUACGAGAACUCGUUACUACUUGUUACACCCGAGCAGCCUUACCCACUGGUGAUUUUGCUGAAAUCCAUUUUCAAUACAUAAACUACUAAAAGACGCGACUUAGCUAAGACACGUCUUAUUCUAGAACAGCCCUUAACACCUGUUCUUAAGGUACGUAAAAACGGGAAACAAAAAACGCGCAACUUGUUUUGCAACAUUGCUGCCAAAAGAGUUGAAUAGCGAUGUUACGCGUUUUCCCACCGACAUCAAACCUGUCUUCCAACAAAUCAGGCUGUUAACAGGUUUAAACAUGAGUGGUAAAACGCGCAGCAUCGCUAUUCAACUCGUUUUGCAGCAAUGUUUUUCCGUACCUUUAGAUAAGACGCGUCUUAGCUAAGACGAAAAAAACUUCUUUUAAAUGACCUUUGCGUCUUACAUAANCAACAAAUCAGGCUGUUAACAGGUUUAAACAUGAGUGGUAAAACGCGCAGCAUCGCUAUUCAACUCGUUUUGCAGCAAUGUUUUUCCGUACCUUUAGAUAAGACGCGUCUUAGCUAAGACGAAAAAAACUUCUUUUAAAUGACCUUUGCGUCUUACAUAAGACGCAAACGCAUAGUACGCAGGCGUUAAUUUUUGGCGGGAAAAUUUACGCUUGCCCCGCGGUCGACUGGCAGGCUACUGGCUGGGAAAAGCUGUUUAUAAAUUACAACGCGUUUUCUUUUCCUUGGUGAUAAUAAUGAUCGCCUUUUUCCCGAGAAAUAUACAGUGAAAGGCCAUAUUACUAAUACUAAACUAGAAAAAGGCGAUCAUUAUUACACCCAAACACGGCACAAGCAUCUUUUUUUUCCCAUUACAAUCUUAUUCUAAGAAAAAUUUAAGAAAAAAUGUCCAGAAAAGCGCUCGAAAAUACAAACGAAAUGUGCUCAUGCCCCCUCGGCAUCCUAUAAUAUUCCUUAAAUCGAAUUUAUUCAAUAUGGCGGCCGUAUCGGUAAAAAGGUCUAUUAUAUAUAUAUACAUAACAAUGCAUUACAUUAUAUUACAUGUACAUUAAUAUAUCAUAUUUAUAUUACAGGUGGAGUUUUGGUGUUGUUCUGUACGAAAUAUUCACUGUGGGUAUGUAUGCUUUUCGCAUAACUGUUUAAAGACAAGUUGCGAGCUAAAGAUAAUACUGCAUGCGACCGAGAUGAAUCAAAAGUCUUCUAUAAAUCGUUCAUUGUAUCUUCUAUGCUUGUUAUGUUGUGAAAAUGAUGAUUAUGUUAUGUUUUAAGCAUUUCUUUUGCAUAAAUACAGUAAAAUUACUACCCUGCGAGUAGAGGCUACAUUUUCGCUGUGUUAGCUGGCGUGCGAAAAGUAUCCUCUGCCGACACCCGUUCAAAUCCGUCCAGAAAUCUGGACGAAUAAAUUAAAAACCGGUUUUUUUCCUGUUCUUGACCGGUUUAGAGCAUUGCGUGAGUCUUGCGUGAAUCUUACGUAGCAGAUGAGAGUUAACGCAAUUUUUUUAUUCCCGCGAAACUCGCGCCAUUUGACGACAGACCUGACGAUUAAUUUUGGUUGCGAAUCGCGUGACGAAUUUCACGCAUGCACGAUAGAAAAUUGAACGGUUGUCAGCAGAGGCUACUUUUCGCACCCCAGCUCCUAUAGCGAAAGUGUAGCCUCUGCUCGCAGGGUAUAAAAUUACAGGAUUACAGGAUUAAAAAAUAAUUAAUCACAAUUUGAUAAAUUGUGGAGCUCAUUUUCCUGCAACGUCGUUGCCGUUUGCGUUUUGCAGGUGGAUGUCCGUAUCCUGGCAUAGAGGGACAAGAAAUUGCAAACAAACUGAAAAAUGGCUACAGGAUGCCAAAACCUAAACAUAUUGACCAGAACCUGUAAGUACUUUUCUACUGGUGCAAAGAUAAUUUCUUUUGCAAGCUGUUUAUAUCGAAUUUUAUGGAGAAUUUGUUUACUUUAUGCCUUCAGUGCUUUCGGUGGAACCUAAGAUUUGUCUGUUAUCUAUAAAUCUUUCUUAAUCUUACCUUUUUUACAUUCAAGGUCAUUCCUUUAUUCAUGUUUAGACUUUCGUUAUACGUUUUCUCCAUAAAGGAGAAGAAGUCUUAAAUAUUGAUAAAUUGUUCUUGAAUAGUAUGUCUGAUAUAUUAACUAUGGAUUUUUUUCAGUUCAUUUUGAUGGGACUCAAUUUAAUAACAAUUAUAUGUAAUCACUGUUUGAUUAUAUCCUAUUCUAUUCUAUCUUUUCUUCUCUGGUAGUUAUGAUCUUAUGCUUCAAUGCUGGCAACAAAAGCCCAAUGAGCGACCAACAUUUUCUGUACUAAAGGAUACUAUGGCAGACAUGUUGCAGAAUAAUAAC